GGGCGGCUCGGCGGACACGCCCCCUCGCCCGAGGCCCCCUCGGCGCCUCUUUCCACCGCCUCCUUGCUCUCCGCGGUCAGAGAGGGCCGGAGCGAGAAGAUGGCGAAGACGUACGAUUAUCUGUUCAAGCUGCUGCUCAUCGGCGACUCCGGCGUCGGCAAAACCUGCCUCCUGUUCCGCUUCUCAGAGGACGCCUUCAACACCACCUUCAUCUCCACCAUCGAUGUCUCCUAAUGAAGCAGCGUGAUAGAAUGGCGACAGUACUUGGUUUGGAGUCCCUGGACCCAGGAAUUGAUUUUAAAAUCAGAACGAUAGAACUCGAUGGAAAGAAAAUUAAACUUCAGAUAUGGGACACAGCGGGCCAGGAAAGAUUUCGAACAAUUACAACAGCAUACUAUAGAGGAGCCAUGGGAAUUAUGCUGGUCUAUGACAUUACCAAUGAAAAGUCCUUUGACAAUAUUAAAAAUUGGAUAAGAAACAUUGAAGAGCACGCCUCUUCCGAUGUCGAGAGGAUGAUCCUGGGGAACAAGUGUGAUAUGAAUGACAGAAGACAGGUGUCUAAGGAAAGAGGGGAGAAGUUAGCAAUUGACUAUGGGAUUAAAUUUUUGGAGACGAGUGCAAAAUCCAGUACAAAUGUAGAAGAGGCAUUUUUUACACUUGCACGGGAUAUAAUGACAAAACUCAACAGAAAAAUGAAUGACAGCAAUUCAUCAGGAGCAGGCGGGCCAGUGAAAAUAACCGAAAACCGGUCCAAGAAGACCAGUUUCUUCCGCUGUUCGUUGCUUUGAUGAACUCUUCACUUCUGAGAGACUGCAGCAUACCUAGAGGGCCCUUCCCUGCCUCUCUGAAAGCACAGGUUACCCAGCCUCAGAGUCACCUCACCCGGCUGCUGCGGAGAGCACCACGGAACUCUAGACCUCUCAACACAGAACGCCAAGUGGAUCCCAGCCUCGUGGCCUAGCAAAAGAGCAGGCUCCUUUCUUCAGACAUGGAAGCAUGCCGUGGAGACACAUGCGGGACCUAACUGGUUCUUCCUUGUUUUACUGCCUGUCCCGGAAGCUGCUUUCUUUCUUUCCACACGAGUGUCAGCCUUUCUCUGGUCCAGCAUAAUCUCAGACUCCUAACUGAGCACUUUAGUGGCAGGAAGUUCUAGACUUACAUAUCUGGGGAUGUUUAAAGACAGCAGAACAUUAAACAGAGGUUGAUGUACUAAAAUUCAAGGAUGGUUGGCCUGGGUCAUAUGGUCAUAUGCAUUUAUCAGAGGGCUUUGACUUGCAGUGUUCUACUGAUAAACUUGUAAAAGAGACCACAUCAUCUUCAUCUUUUCAGGUGGUUAUCAGCUUGGCUCAUCCCUGAGUAGCUGUAUCCCUUUUUAGGUUGGCUGCCACUGCCUCCUCCCUGGAAACAGCAAGAAGAAAGCACUCCUCUGCUUCUGAGGGUCGUAUUUGCUGCCCCUCCCCCUGCCUGACUUCUUGUCAUUAUUUCCUUAUCUAAACCACUAAUAUCUGCAAGCACUGCUGUGUCUGCCAGUGAACUUCAUGAGCUGAGAUUUCACAGAGGGAGAGAAAUGGUCAUUAGGGCUUUAUUUUCACAUCCGUCUAUGGUCUUGUCACACCAGAAUAUGUAAUAUAUUCUUUCUCAAUUUUACCCAUUAGUUUGUAUUACCCACUUCUUAACCAUAAUCCCUGCCAGUGAGAAAGUUAACAAAGGUUAGAUUUAGAUUUCAGUUUGUAGAAAACAUACCUAUAUGGAGAGAAAUUAAACAUGUUGGUGUAAGAUAGCUGUUAGUAAUGUUGAAAAUAGUGACUUUUGGUUCUAUUUGGGGUUUAAAAAAUAUAAAAAAGCAAUUAGACCUAGCACAUCCUCCAGAAAUCUUGUCUUUUCAUUAGAGCACAUAGGAUCCAGGUUUGGGCUUUUCAGCCGUUGCUGAAUGUGUCGGACCCAGCCCUUUUCGUUUAGGUUUGUACUUGGAGAAGUGGGGUGGCUGUCCAGGCCAGAGGCGGCCCAAAGCUUUGCUGCCUUUCUCACCAAAUGCUGGUUCUGAUGUUUCUUUUGUGGAUAAACCACCACACUAGAGGGGGUAGGAGGUAUUCAGUGUUAACUUAUGUGCCAAAUCCAGAUCAUAAUGUCACUGCUGUUGUUCUAGUCUUCAGUGUCCUAACACCGAGGGCACCAAAACAGGUGACGGGGAAAUGAACUGGUAGCGAUCACUCCCCGGUCUUGUGCUGUCCGCAGAGAACCGGAAGUGGAAAUGGACACGGAUAGCUGGUUACGCAGAGAGUUCUGCCUCAGUGCUUGGACCGGUCAGGCCUCCCUGUCUGUUGGAAAACUCAAGCAUUCCAGUGGCUGCAAGUGUACCAGAGUUAUUUUUGGUGGAUUCUCUGACUUUACUGUUGACAAACUAAAGCCUUUUCUUCUUUUUCCCCCCUUACCUGUCGACUUAAAGUCACACAUUACUGUCCAGGUGUAAGUAGUUCUUUCAGUGAGAAUUGAUUGUAAGUCUGACAUCUUCAAAUUAAAUACAUUUUUGAAAAGAAACGGUAUUUUCUUAGAAAUAUCUUAUCACUACUUUUCUAGGGGAAAAAAAGUUCAAGCAGUUACAAUGGUAACAAAGUACUUUCCAAAAAGCAGGAGCUGUGACACCAUAUACGAAUGUAAUUCUCUUAGUAUUUACCUCUGACUGUUCGGUGUCUUAACACUUUGGUUUCUAUCUCAGGGGCUGUCUGCAAACCAAAACUGACAUGUUCUGUGGUCAGCUUUUUUUUCUUAAUGCUUUUGAUUUCUUCACUCUUCUUGUGUCUUUUGUGGUUAAUAACUAGUCUCCAUGAACUUCUCUUUGAAUGAGCCUGUAAAUGUUAGGUGAGUCUAAAAGUGCUCUUUGAAGUAGCAGCAAACUGGGAGUAUAUUCUCUGUUAUAUAGAAAUAAAUUGUUCUUGCUAUUUUCUUACAUUUAGCUUUGCUAAAUUGUAUAUAAUUUGAGCUCAGACCAUAGGAAAUUCACUUUCUGCAUGGUAAAAACCCAACAAAUAGUCUACUUUGCUUAAUAGUGUACAUAUGAUGCAUUAUUUUUUUCUAUUUGUAGAUGACUUUAGUGACAGAUAAUUGUCUGUUCCCUGCUGAAACUGAAGAAAUCUAGAUUUUUUUUAAUGUGUGUGUGUGAACAUUGUUGUGGUCUUACAGAUAGGGUACAUAGAGAUUUUUGCAGCAGUAUUAGUGAUUCAGUGGCUGCACUUUAUUAUUAUUGAACUAAUUUUUUGACAACAGUUGAGCUCAGAAUUUUCAAAUAGAGUCUGAGGGUACCAGACAGUGGAGUGUGCUGUAACUAAGUAGCAUGUGAAUCAGUUGAUUGUCAAAUGUUUCACUGGGAACCUGUUCUAGCCUUUUUCUUCAGAUGCUAAUGAAGCGAUCUCCCAGCGCAUCGGUCAGUAGGUGCCGCAGGGCUUCUUAUGUUCAUGUGGACAUCUUAUGCAGUCUUUGUUAUAAAUUUCCUGAAUUAUUGUUCAUGUGGACAGCUUAUGCAGUCUUUGUUAUAAAUUUCCUGAGAACUAACUCUUUACUCUGAAGGACUAUUUUUUUUUUAAUUAUACCUCAUUUAGCUAACUAAUAAUAUUCUAAUACCUGGUAGAAAAACAGUGAGCCAGCCUCUAAGCAUUCAACAAAAUUUAGACAGCAUGUUUUUGUUUUGUCUUGUUUUGAACUGAAGGCAUCCUUGGAAAGGAGAAAUGUGAUACCUUAGUUUCAAAUAAAGCAUGCAUGUCACUAUCCAGUAACAUACAAAAAAAAAAAAAAUGUUACUGCCCUGCCCAUUAAUGAACUUAGUUGUGCAAUAUACAUGGAUUGUUCCGAGGUUUAUGAGUAAGAAAUUACUACUGCAUUUUACAGGCUCCAAAUGCUGAGAAUCUCUAUUAGGGUUUAUGAAGUGUCUUCCUGUGAGCAGUAAAAUAACAAACUAAGCAGACUUUCUUUUCAGGCAUAUGACUUAGAUGCUUUUAUAAAUAUAUCUUAAUCUUUAAAGAUGAGAUUCUAAGCCUAGAAUUUUAAAACCACAUUUCAUUGUGUUGGUUUACUGAUCUCAAAAUUUCUUCAGUUCAAUUUUUUUGACUUAAAAAAUAAAGUAAAACAAAAAGACCUUCCUUUUUCUUUCUCAUCACACCCAGUGGCAGAGAGGGCUGUCUGAAGUCCCUUGAAUCAGAAGGAGGUCAGGAUAGAUUCAUAAAAUUUAUGAAUGUCAUGUUUAUUAAAAAGAAACUAAACAACUGAGUACAGAUAUGAAAACCAGCAAGCAUUUGUUUUAAGGAUUUUCCAGAUUUUAACUUUGUAUCUUGAAAUGUGUGCCAUAUGCCAGGAACUAACAAAACUUCAUAUUUCAUCUUUGUACCUUUUUUUAAAAGUGAACUUAUGAUUGUUCAUUCCAAUGGCCUUACAGAUGGGUUUGUCUUGACUGUGUGCAGCUGCUGCUGCUGCUCCCUUAAUGCAAAAUGCCAUGAACUGUCUGAUUCAAAUCAUGCCCCUAUGGGAACUAGGGAGUGUUUUCAUAGACUUCUACUUGUGUGCUUACACAUAUUUUAUUUUGCUCCAGUGGCUUACUGUGGCAAGCUCCUGUGGAUAAUAUGGACCUGUCAUGUGGUUGGUCUGUUGAAGCCAGUUCAUUAACUGUACUGAUACUGAUGCUGUGUUUUUUUAAAAAAAAAAAAUGGAUUUUAUUCCAGGUGAACUUUUUUUUUUACAAUAAUGUUCAUCUAAAAUAAAAACUACAUAAUGAAAAUGUC